AACAGCUAAAAUUAAAAAAAUAUAUAUUUUACAAAAAAAAAAAAAAAAAUUUAGUCACUAGAUUUGUUACCGAUACUAACCUCAAAAUUAUAUACUAUCAAAAUGAACGUUUUAACACUUUUAAACAAAUUUCAACGGCUUUCGAUACAAAAAACGCUACAACGUCAGUUGACAACAACACAACCCCAAUAUAUUCACCUAACUCCAAUUGCAUUCGCCGAACCGCUAAAAAAGAAGAAACGUUUAGACCCGGCGGUCGUUCGAGCCAGAGAAGAGAGAAGGAAAAAGAAAUUGGAAAAACAGAUCAGACGAUUGGAAAAAAAUCAGAGGCAAUUGAAACCGAUUGAAGAGAAUCAGGUUCCUUUACAUAUUCUGGACAAUUUACAAAAGAGACAGAGAAAUGAUGUGAAUGUUGGUUUAACAGAGGAAAUUCUGGAAAAGCGUUCGAUAUUACAAAAGAAAUGGGCACAAUUUAGGCGCGAACAACACUUAAAAGAUGCACAAUUGAUCGAUAGGAUUACAUACAUGCAACAAAAAGCUCUGGAUCAGCUAAAAAUUGAAAACGAGCAACUUUAUCAAGAAGCCAUUCAAAUCGACUUUCGUUUGAUUCCGUUCAAUUUUAACGGUCCGGUCGAAACGCCCCAAAUUAACGGUUACGAAGCGACUGACGGUGAAUAUUUGGAUGUUUCCAAAAAAUGGGAAUGAAUAAACUGUUAGUUAAUUAAUUCAAUAAAAUAUUUAAAUUUUAA